AUGCCUUUAUAUAAUGCUUCAAUCACAGUAACAGAAUUUGUUAUAGGUGGUUUUGACGAAACCAAAAGGCCUUUGUUAGUUGGUGUGGUUAUAUUGAUUACCUAUGUUCUAGCUGUUCUAGCCAACAUGGUAAACAUCCUUUUCAUUAUUUAUGACAGGAGAUUACACAAACCAAUGUAUGUUCUGAUUUGUAACCUUGCUGUUGUUGAUAUACUGUACAUGACCAGUGCCAGUCCAACAAUGAUUGGGAUUCUAGUUGGUGGUGUUAAUACCAUAUCGUAUGUGCCAUGCUUCAUUCAAAUGUUUGCUUUCCACUUGGGAGGGGUGAUGGAGAUGUUUUCUUUAUCGGUUAUGGCAUUUGAUCGACUGGUUGCUAUCAGUUAUCCUUUUCAGUACCACAGUUUUUUAACAAAUGCUCGUACUCUUGUCCUUGCGUAUUUCCUGUGGAUUUUUGCCUGUUGUUUUGUGGCUGUGUUGCCUGCAAGUUUGGUUCCUCUCCCUCACUGCUCCUCAACACUGAAGUACACUUUCUGUGACUUUCCUGCCAUAAUGCGAACCACUUGUGUCGACCCCACUUACUAUUUCGGUAUGGUUACUAUCAUAUUAUUUUUUAUUUUAUUUUCCACUUUCUGUUUUAUUUGCCUGUCGUAUUUGGGGAUCAUAUAUUUUGUGAAAUUAUCCUCGAGCAAUGAUAAAAAGAAAUUAGGCACCACUUGUUUGAGUCACUUGAUUGUGGUAGCAUGUUAUUAUUGUCCAAUAUUUGUCACCUCUGUCUUGACCAGGUUAGGUGUGGCAUUAACUCUUGAGGCACGCCAUGGCUUAAUGAUCGGGACCAUCCUUGGACCAUCUCUUGUAAAUCCUUUUGUGUAUUGUCUUAGGACCAAAGAAAUUAGAUAUAAGAUCUUUAAGAUAUUCACAAAAGUAGAGACAUCUCAGUAGAUUCUUGUGAACUGUGAAUUUACUGUCUUAUAAAAUUUGCAUUCCUUUCUUGUCUAAGUAUAAUGCUAAAAUGAUGGACAUUCAUCUGUGCAUUUUCUAACCGGUUUAUCCUGUUCAGGAUUGUAAGGGACAGGAGCGUAUUCUAUCUAAAGUUGGGUGGAAAGUAAUCUAUGUAAAAACAAAUUUACAUUCACAAUCACAUGUACCAGCAAUUUAGAAUUAACAUCUAACCUAACGUCUUCUCCUCGUCUCAUCUCCUUGUCUGUGGGAAGAAACCGGAGCACCAGGAGGAAAUAUUCAAUCUCCACGCUCAACUCUGCAACCUGACAAAAUAUAUUAUGAC